AGAUUCUCUAAUUUUAUUUGUCAUAUAAACGAAACGAAACACAAUAUUUAGUAUUGAUUUGUUGUAGACUUAAGUGUUGUGUUUACUCUAUAAUACAUUUGCAUUACAUUUGUAUCGCAUAUUAAAUCACAAUUCAUUAGAUUUGGAUCCAAAUUAAAUCACUAAAAGAAAUCACAGAGAAAUCGGAUUAAAUAUAGUAGAGGUGGAGUGGAGGUGAUAGAUCACCUAUACUGUUGCAAUGGACCCUGAAGCAUUCUUGGAGAUGGCCAAUCAGGUGACCAAACUUCGGAUGUACCCGUACUUCGAGGUCGCGCACGCAGUCAUCUCUUGCCUAUACAUCCGCGAAGACCUUUCGGCCGGAUGUGUGGCCUUCUCUCGGAAGCACCCGUUCUCGUGUUGGGUCUCAUGUAUGGUCUCUAUAUUUGCGGGCAAUAUAUUGUCGAGCUUUUUGUUGGCCGAACCUAUUUUAGGCGCUUUCAAAAACACCAAUCAAUUGCUUUUGGCGACAGCCGUCUGGUAUCUAAUGUUUUACUCGCCGUUUGACAUAAUAUACAAAUUAUGCAAAUUAUUGCCCAUAAAGAUAGUGUUCGCUUCCAUGAAGGAAGUGAUUCGAUGCAAGAAAGUCAGCGAUGGAGUCCUUCACGCGGCAAAGCUAUACCCCAACGGCUUUCUCAUUAUGAUUAUCAUCGGAACCAUUAAAGGCAAUGGAUCAGCUUUUCUGAAAUUAAUCGAACGAACACUUCGAGGAGUUUGGACACCAAAUGCCAUUGAAUUCCUAGCGCCGACUUUUGCGACCAAAGCAAGUAUCGCCGCAUCUAUUAUAUUCAUAAUAGACAAGAAGACAGACUGGAUAUCAGCGCCGCCGGCACUCGUCUACUUUGGAAUCGUUAUAUUCUUUGUGUACUUCAAGUUGUCGUCAAUGCUAUUAGGAAUUCACGACCCAUUCAUCCCAUUCGAGAACCUUUUCUGUGCCCUCUUUUUCGGAGGCAUUUGGGAUGCGUUGGGAAGAGUUAUAUCCGGAGUCAAAGGAAACAGUGAUUCUAACUCGAAGAACGAGAUGUCGCGAAACGGAAAGUCGGAAACUGCCAAAAAGAAAGACCAAUAACUGAACCCAUAUUCUCAUCACUAGUCACCCGAUUUAACAGUCCUUCACAUACUUGUCGUCACUUCUAAUAUAAUUAAUUCAUUUGAAAAAAUCAUUAGAUUUGAAAGGAUUAAAAAAUACUUAAUACUUAAGUUAACUAAAACUUAAAAUAAUUACAAUUAGACAUAAAAACAAUUAAUCAAUUUUAAUGAUUAAGACGUUAUGUUUUAAAUGAUUUCGCCG